CCCAUAUCUCAACCGUUGAUUCAUUCAAUGGAGUAGUAUUCAACAUGGCCGAAAGACUCCGUCGCGACCCCCUCCCCCCUCAGUGGUCUUACGGGGUCAAAGCGGACGGGAGAAUCUUCUUCAUCAACGAAGAGACCCGUUCAACCACUUGGCUACACCCCGUGACUGGCAAGGCAAUCUCGUCUGGCUGGGACGACCGCGUCGAUUUACCGCCAGGAUGGCAGGAAGGAAUAACAAGGGAAGGUGCGGCAUACUUCAUGAACCAUCACACGGGGGAGACGACGUUUAAUAAUCCCAUCACCCAACAGCCGGAAGCAGACGAUGAGUUCUUCCUCAUAGACAGGACACACGAGACCCCGCCCUACCACCGCCCCAAUCUGGCACCCCUCCAAAUGCCCCCGAACAACUCCACCCCAGGCCCCGCCCAAUCCGACCCCUCCCAAUAUGACCCCGCCCUCAGCCCAUCCUCCCCGGUCUAUGCCCAAGCAACCGUGCCCGACAACCGGACCACGCCCAACCAGCCGACCACACCCACCUCGCCCACCUCAGGGGAUCGGCCCAGCUUCCGGAAGCGGGUCGUGCCCAAGACAUCGGCGCCCUCGUUGAAGCGGCGGCGGGACGCUGUGACGUCCAUGGAAGGGUGGCUCUUCAAGCAGGACAGCGGGGCGCUGAAGGCGUGGCGCAAGCGCUGGUGUGUGCUGGCCGAUUACUGCCUGUUCUACUACAAAGGGUCUGAUCAAACAAGGUCUGAAUCAGGCUCCAUAUUGCUUCCAAGCUAUCAGAUCAGUCCCAUCGGACCGCAGGACAAAAUCAACCGGAAAUUUGCAUUCAAGUGCGAGCAUGACAAUAUGAGAACUUACUAUUUGGCGGCCGAGACCCAAGUGGACAUGAAUCAGUGGAUCAGAGCAUUGAAACUGGCCGCAAAUGUACAACUCGACAGGAGUCAACAGUAUGGCGAAGACGAAACCGGUGGAUUCGGCGACUACCGCUCGCCAUCCCAAAACGGCGGCCACAACGGACGAGAUGACGAGGAAGAAGAUUGGCUGUUCAAGAGCUCCAAGGACCUGAAUGGCGCCCUCCCAGACGACUACGAGGACAACCGCGACGCGACGGCCCCGCCACAGAACGGGUUUGACCCAGACGGGCGCUUGCCGCGCGAGCCUGACGAGGCCGACGGGCGUUACCAUAAUGGGAAUGAUUACGUGGAGGGCGCCCCUGAUGGUUACUGGGAAGCAAGGGAGAGGUACAUCCAGAAUCAUGGACACUACCCGGAGGAUAACAGGCCCGGACAGGACGAAAUGGACCACGCAGUUCCGCCGGCAAUAUAUGACUACCCUCCAGACGAGGACAUCGACGGGUACUCCUCUCCAGAGGAGGUAGUGAAGCGUGACCGUUUCCAUGACGAUGAUGACGACGACUUAGCCCAUCGGUUGCCGCCCGACAGCGAACAAGUCGACAGGGACAUGUCCGACAGAGAGCAGUUUGGAUCGGAUCGCGGGAGAAACCCAGGCGACCGUCCCGACGACCGGAAACCGCGUCAACCCCGCGACAACAUUCGCGAACCCGAACCCGAUCGCGGCGAGAGGGACCGAUAUGACUCGGACCGAUCCCGGGAAGAUUACCAAGGGUUGUCGAGUCCCGAUGCCGGCGAGUACACCAAACUCCGGUUCUCCCCGCAGCAAGACCGCCGGGUACCGGGUGAACGCGGAGAGGACCGCGAACGCGACCAGUACAACUCCCUCUCGGAGAGCGACCAGGACCGACGUAUCGUCCCCGUGGAGGAAAGGCUUGUCAGCGCAGCGGCGCCUGUCCAAGAAGCCGGUUACGACCCUCGGGAGACCUCGGAUAGUAGUCAUGGGAAGCAAGAUUCCAAGUCAGCUUCCCUAGAGGACGAGAGGGGCACAGCUCGGUCAAGAGAUUCCCACUCCAGCCGGGCAUCCCAGGACAAACAUGGCGGCAGACACGGUGACAGACAGGGUGGGGAACCCCGCCACAGCUGGGACCGCGGGAGCGAGUCGCUGUCCAGCCGGGACGAGGGCCAGCAGCGCGGCCGGUCCCCGGGAGGGCGAGGCCGGCGGGCAGGGGGAGGGGGUGGCAGGCCGCCUCCCCACUCCCCAGGCCAGUACCCAGAGUCUUACAACACCCUGCCCAGACCCAGGUCCAAGUCCCGGGAACGCAGUAACACAGAUGAAGGCCGAUUCCCAAAUGACAACAGGGGCCAGAACCAAGAUGGGUCGUUGGACCGUCGCCAGAUGCCACAUUACGAUUCCUCCACGACCGACUCUUUACCUAGCCCGUCGGGCGACCCCACUUCCCAUCCGCUGGGUGGAGGAGGACGGAGACACCCACAUGACGAUCCCCGGAGAGUGCACUCGUUGGAUCAUCGGCGCCAACGACCACACCGCGAUUCCGACUCGCAGUCUGAUUCCCGUCCCAGCCCCCGUGACGAACGUUCACCCCAACCUCGGUCCUACCGGGACCUGGAGGGGCGCGUACACAACCCACGGGAUAUGCACGGCACAAGGUCGCUGGAUCGCAACCAGAGGCCGCCCCACCGGUCCUCCAUGGAUUCACCGCCGAGGGCGUCCCAGCAAAGUGCCACCCUCCCUCACGAUUACCGAAGUGCGGACGCCCGACGCCGCGACUACGCUGGGGCCCAAGACCAGCCUGACGCGGACAUCUCCAAGAUGUCAACUCCGACCAGCUCAGCCCCUGGCUCUGUAGACGGAAGGGGUAGAAGGGAUCCAGAGACUGGAAGCCUGAGACGAGAGGACCCUAGAGGGGACCCCAGAAGAAGUGAUCCAAGAGGUGACCCCAGGCGAGGUGAUCCACAGAGCGAUCCCCGGCAUAACAGAAGGAGGGAUCCCCGAGGUGACCCAAGACAUCGGGACCCUGGAAGAGAUGAGAGAUUUGACCCAAGAAGAAGCGAUCCGAGAAUGGGUGACUCAAGGAGAGGAGACCCCAGGCAGGGCGAUCCUCGAAAAGGCGACCCCAGAGAACGUGACCCAAGAGAUGAUCCCAGAGGUGAGCCAAGGAGAGGUGACCCCAGAGAUGACCAAAGGGGACGCGACCCUAGAGAUGAUCCAAGGCAACGUGACCCCAGAGGUGACCCAAGGCAACGUGACCCCAGAGGUGACCCAAGGCAACGUGACCCUAGGAGAGGUGACCCACGAGAUGAUCCUAGGAGAGGCGAUCCUAGACAUGACCCGAGGAGAGGUGACCCCAGAGGUGACCCAAGGCAACAUGACCCCAGAGGCGACCCAAGGCAACGCGACCCCAGAGGCGACCCAAGGCAACGCGACCCCAGAGGCGACCCAAGGAGAAGCGACCCCAGAGGCGACCCAAGGCAGAGUGACCCCAGGCAGAGUGACCCAAGGGGUGACCCCAGAAGGAGUGACCCUCACAGGGGCGGGCCUAGGGACGACAGGAGGAGGGAGAUGGAGGCAGUGCAGGGACGACGUCCGCCAGAGCCUCUGCAUUUCAAGUUUCCCAAGACGGGGGAGAUGUAUCCUGGUGAAGUCACCCCGGAGCAGCGCUCCUUCCUGCAGAGUCCGUUGGCUCAGCCAAACCAGGAGCUCCUCACCCCCGAGCAGCGAGCAGAUAUCAACAGUCCUAUGGUCUACCAGCGUAAGGAGGCAGAUUGGCCCACCAGCCGACCUGAGGCCUACUACAAGGCCAAGGAAAGACAAGCCGAAAGCGCGGAGCACCAGCCACAUGCGGACUACAUCCCGCAGCCGGUAGAGGCCGUCAUUCAGCGCUCCACCCCCACCAAUGCUACCUUUGCCUCCGCCCCUCCCCUGGAAUCUCAGGACAGGUACCCCGAGGAGCAGAAGAGAACGUCAAACUACGAUCGGCCCAGGAGGUUCGCCUCGCCGAUCACUGAGGAGGAAGUCGAAGGAACCACUGAGCCAGACAUCGCCCCGAGACGAGCGAGGAACGCCGGCCACAAGCGCCGCUCGGACAGGAACACCUUGGAGAGGAACGAGUUUGACACCGGGGAUCAGCUGGCGCCCCUCACUGAAGGGAGUGGAAUGAGCAAGGGGCCGAGGGAGCCAACAAGUCGAUUCAAGAAGUGGCAGAUGAAGGCCCAGCCUUACAUCCUCCUGUCCACCGGGAUCCGCCUGCGCCUCAGCAUUGCUGCCGGAGACCUCCUUGGCAAAUCGCACGAGGAGCUAGUGCUAUUGCUGAUCCAGCUGCGCAGGGACCAGUCCAACCUGGAGCGCUGGCUGGAGAUGAUUGACCAAGAGAUGGCGCUGUUGAUGGACCCCACCAGCUCGCCGCCGGGCAGUCCGAGUCGCAUCAGAGCCAGACAUGGUGACUCCCUCCACCGUCGCUCCAACCCCAACCUGAGCGAGGACCGCGAGUUCUUCGGGGAGCUGUCGCUUGAGCGCGAGGAAGUCGCUCGUGAGUUGGAGAUCAGUCGCCCUUUAGUUCACCUGGUGGACAACCUGGUGCGCAUGGGCAGCCUGUACGGCGGCGAGAACCAGAUGAUUGCGCAGGAGUUCUACAGGGACAAGGUUCAGAAGGAUCUGAACUACAUCCAGCCGAAGAAACUGAUCGAGUUCUCCCGACGACUGGAAGAAGAGAAACUGGAGAGAGACCUGAAGGGAGAGCUGGAGCAGAUACAGACGGCUGAAGAUAGACUACUAGAGGACAAACUGAACCAUCUCCACAAGCUGGACAAGAAACUUCAGGAAUUGUCGGCCCAAGUCUCCCUCCUCAAGGAGGACAAGGACAAGAUAGAAACCUCCCUGGACCGGCUAGGACGGGAGAUGGAACGACACUGGGACGACGGGCCUGAGAUCCUGGGGGGAAUGGAGGACCAGCAACGCAGGCUGGAACGGGACCUGGUGAAGGUCCGGACCCAGCUGGCUUAUGGGACAAAGGAACUUGAGGAGAUUGCAGCCGAGAACGGGAAGAUUGAGUACGAGGUGACGCUGCUCAGAUCCAAACUCGAUGGUCGUCACCACAGAAACGCCAAGAGUCCACACGAGGGCGCUACAACCAAGGAGCGGCUUCAGAUGGAGAACGAGGUGACCAGGGUGCAGUCCCUGCUGGACAGUCUGGGCAAACAGAGGAACCUACUGGUCAACCAGAUGCAGACGCUCAGGACCGGACCAACGGAAGCUAACCGUGAGAAGUUCCCGCGUCGCCGUCACGAGCACUCACCCCGCACCCCCAAGCAGUACACCGUCACUGACCUGGAUACCAUGGUGUCACGUGACCUCAGCGCAUCAUCGCCUGCUCCCAUGGCAACGGCCAACGAGGGCAUCUCCAAGUCGGCGCCACCACUGCGGCGGAGGGGGGACAGCAUCAAGAAAGUCCGGCAAAUCAAAGAGCAGCAAGUUCAACAAUCCCCGGUCCUGGAAUCCGUGGCCUCCUCCACGGCCCAGUCCUCCUACCACGCCUCCCCUCAGAUCCUCCAUCCCCAGCCCCGCUACCAGCAACUCCCUGCCAGACAAGUGGAGCCGCCCCGGCUAUCCCCCGAUUGGGAGAAUCAGUACUACUCGGGCCCUUCCACUGACCGCAGGAGGGGUGAUGCGUCGCCACAGGAGAGGGUACGCAGUGGACCGACCCAAUCUGGUUGGCAUGACGAAGGUCACCGGGUCGACAAGAGACAGACAUUCGGAGGCUAUGGGAAAAGGAGUAAGGGGCCUAGGCCCGACUCCAAAUACCACACUAUCAGUCGUACUGGGGAUGUCGUCCACCAUUCCCCGAUGCGGAGAACCAGGUCAGUGCCCGACCGCGAGGGACUAAUGGCAGACGACGGGAAAUCUUCAGCAAUGGAUCGCCUCAUGCCCGGCUCCCCGUACAAGAACACCAGUUAUGAUCCCUAUCACGGCGCGGUGUCGGACACGGAGGUCGAAUCGUCCACCCUCAGGUCCAAGAAAAAAAGCCUGCGGGUUUCCGACGGCGCUCAGCAAAAGACACGAGGCCCCGCCCUCCGCCAUCUCCGCUCUGCACGUGCGCAGACCCUUCCCGGCCGCUUCGCAAACGGGACACCGCACACUCCCCCUGUCCUUAAUGCUCCCAAGCCUCAAAUAACCCCCGACCCCACUAACAGCUGGGACGAAGGCGCCGCCACUAACCAGGACGAGUUGCCACGACGACAGCCAGAACGGAACCGGCGACACACGUUCAGCGGCCAACCGCUCGGGCCGCGGGCCAGACCAUUUGCUAAGGGUGCCCAAGACGAUAUUGCCAUACACGAACUGCAGAAAGCUCUGAUAGACCCGGACGAGUUCAACGAACUUGUCAUCCCUGAGCCGUCGGGUCCCCGCCCCUCGGACAUUGUCAGUGGCAAGUACAAACCCAUCGAUGUGGACGAAUCAACGGGCGGUGGACUUCUUGGGAUGCCAGCCAAGAUUGUCAUCCCCGAACGCUACUUGCCUGAUGAGGAGGACGAGGAGGAGCCAACCAUGACGGCUGAGGAAAGAGAGAAACAUGAGGAGAGGGUGGAUCGCAUCACCAAGAUGCUGUCAGCACACAGUCUUCAAGAGUGGAGUCCCAGCGAGAUCCUAUCCACGUGGGACCAGGCGGGGGGCUUCCCAGAAGCAGAGCAAUUGAGGCAGAAAGUGGAAGAGGAGAAACAAGCUCGGCAGGAAGUGCUGACCAUGAGACGAGCCUUAGCCCAGGAGGUCAAAGAGCAGAGCAAGGUCAUGGCAGCUCGAAGCAUGCGGAUGACCACUGAGACUCAACAACUGGCAGCGAGAUGAUGUUGUUGAUGCCACGGUUACCAUGCCAACACCACCAGUUCGUCGUCAAGGCAACUCGGAUCUCAUACAAAAUCUCAACUGUCAAAGCUUGUGUUAAGGAGACGCACCGUUCCCGUCUGUGAACGUCUCACUCCACAAGCAGAAAGUUUGAGGAAUUCCUAAAUUACUUUGUCAAUGGGAUAAAACCUUUGGAGUUGAAUCAAAUAGGUCUUGAUCGAAUCACCAUUUUGUAUCCAAACUGAAUCCACACCCAACUUGAACUUUGCAUGGGGCCUGGGCCCGAUUUUCUUGGCUCUGCUAACCACAGAAUUCUGCGCUUACUACAUGUAUCUCCCUUUUUGCUUAAAGCGCUAGCAGAAAACUACUGUGCUAAGCCUGGAAGCACAAAAUCCUUAGCUACGGGAUGUACGCAUGCGUACAAGCCAACAUGCCUCGCAAACCAGCAAAAUAUGUUAACCAUAAGCACAGAAUUCUUUACUACAGUAAGCAGGGAUUUUUUUUGCUAUUGGUAAGCAGAACCGUGAUAUUGGGCCCCGAUGUCUAAAUAUUGUUUGACAAAGAAUGUACCAUUGUUAUGUAAGCAGACGGCGUUCUUGCAAACAAAUACUAAAAAGAGAGUUUGGGGAUUUUUUUUUUUUUUGAAAUCCAUAAUUUGAGGGCAUUGACAAUGACACCACUUCUUUUAGAUUCGUUUGUAUUUUGUAUUCACAUUUGCAUUUUAAUUCGUUGUUAUUACCUGUAUGCAUACAAAAAAAAUUGCAAAUAAGAAAUGUAUAGAUUUGUUUACCGAUUGUAUUUUCUAGUUUUUAAAAUCUUUAAGCUGUAUUUUGAAUUUUUCGAUCGCUUGAUUUGUUUAGAUUCGAAAUCUGUUGCAUUAACAUUAAUAUUGUUACUACUACUGAAAUCUGUAGCGAUUAGUUUUUACAUAGAGUUGGUGUCGCAGUUUGUCUAGGAAAUUUUACUAAAGUUUGAAAGACUAUUUUUUAAGUGUAAAUUGCGAUAUUUUUAGUUCUUUUUUUCAUAUGAUUUGACGGAAUAUUUGACAUCACUUGUUAAUUUUACCUUUUUUUAGAAGUUGCAAAUGUUUUAGUAGUCUGUUGGCUGUUAACACAGACUUUUGUUUUGUUAUUCACUGCCAGACAAAAAAAUGUUCUCAAUUCUCGGGAAGAUUUUGGAAGUUGAGCUGUUUUCCCAGUUCUGUUGAAAUUGUUUAAAAUGUUUGUUGAAGAACCAGGUUGACAGAACAGUAUGCAUGCGUGCACUUUAUGUAAAUUCAUUUGCUUAACCAAUCAUUUUACCUCUAUCAUUUGUACAAAAAAUAAAAGUAUAAUUCAUCGAUGCCGAUUGGUCAAAUGCAAAAUGUUAAGUCACUGAUUUAUUCAUAAUAUGCGAAUAUUUAAAUGAUUAUACUGCUUUCUUCAUAAACUUUGCACAUGCUCCAAGCGAAGCAAACUUUUGCCACCAAACUUCAUUUUCAAUUUUGUUGUCACAGUUUUUUUUUUAUUAUUCUAAGUUUUGUCACAUUGGUAUUUUUUAAAAUGGAAAACAUAUUUUCAUUAAUUCCAGUGAAAUUUUCAAAAUUAUUUCCAACAGUACAGCACUAAUUGCAUGAAAGUGCACUUCCGUUGUAUAUUAUUUGAAAAAAAAAAUUCAUUUACAAGUACUAAGUGCAGACAAUAUUUUGUAGAAUAUUAUAUUUUACUUUGCUACUUUUGUUAAUGUGUAUAUAGACAGUUCAUUUUACAGUUUGGUAUUUUGGGCCAAUUAAUUUGUGUUAAUUUAGAAAAUAACAAAUAUAUUUUACCUCACGUACUUCGCUCAUAAUGUACUUGCCAUUAAAAAUGGUUUGAAGGUUUGCUGUGGAUUUGGUGAGUAGAGUACUAAAAAUUUUCAGAUUCAGAUCAAAUUUUAAAAUGGGCUGGGUUUAUUUCUUUUUCUUUUAAAUUUGAAAUACUAACAGAGUAAUUUUAUGUUGUGUAUUCUUUUUUUGGAGAAGGGGUCUGAUUGCCAGAACGGGGAAGGCAUGCAUUUAAAAACAGUUUGAACGAAGCAGACUGGUUUAAAAUGGCAGGUUUUUUUUUUUUCAAGAUGGCCGCCAAGUUGAACCAUUCUACGCAGCAGCUUCAUUUAAUCAUACUGAUUCAUUAGGCCCCAUAUCUGGUUUGUUAAUGUAAUGGCUAAGGGGCGUGGCUAACUCGCCCACGACGAUUGGUCAAUUAUUCAACCCUUUGCUUAUGCGCCAUGACUUAAAAAAGCAACUUCAGGUAAUUUAGUCUUGAUUGAUUGCCUUUGGAGAAGAAAAAAAUGAAUUUAACAUUGUAAUACUUUGCCUUACUGUAGAACAUCGUGUGGUGUUUAUACAUUGCUUAAGAAUGUAAAUGUUGUCUGUGAAAAAUCAUACAAAGAAACUUAAAAAAACGAAAACUAAAAACCCAGUUUUUUUUAAAGGUAUAUUUUGCAAAGUAGUAUUCAAACUGUAACAAUGAAAUGAAAACAUGCACUCCCAAAGCAAAAUAACUAUGUUGGACAAUUUGUGACUAAACAAUCCGAUAAUAUAGUUUUAAGUUUAUACUUUUCUUAGUGACAGACAGUUAAAUGUAUGCAGAUCUUUCUGUCAUUGAUUUGUUUUCCAUCAUAAUUUGUUUUUAACAGUACACUCGAGUACUAGAAAGAGUAAUAAAAUCUGAGGUGUUUUGUAGAAGAAGAAAAAAGUGACAUUGUAAAUAUAACUCUUUAGGUGCUUCCAGGUAACACAAAUAUUUUGAUAUAGAACAGAAAUAUUAAAAUGCUGUGGUUAUUUUAGAGAAAA